UCUUCGUCCGUCCGCAGCAAUCUCUCUGUGUCCCCCUUGCACAGUCCCUCCCCACUUUCGCCCACUUCACAUUCUCUCUCCCUCUGCACAGCACACAAGCCCACCACUUUCUCUCUCUUGCCGUCUCUCCCUUUCUCUCUCUACGCGCACUCAUACCCAGAAACGCAUUUCCUCUUCUGGGCGUCUCUCUUUUCCUCGCCUCCACGCGAAAAGCAGAGGAAGAAAGAUACAGCAGAGAGAGAGAGAGGGGAACAGAGCGGUGUCGACCUCCAUGGCCGACCCCAGCAAGCACCACCUCCCCAUCGGCGGCGGGGGCGGCCUCUUCUUCUUCUACUCCGACCUCAGGUCCCUCCUCCGCACCAAGCGCACUGCCGCCCUCGCCUACGGCCUCACCUUCGCCUUCGUCGCCUUCACCUUCUUCCUCCUCCUCAACCCCUCCUCCUCCUCCUCCUCCGACUCCUCCUCCCCCUGGUUCUCCAACAUCUUCGCCACCGCCCCCGCCACCGCCACCGCCACCCCAACCGCCGCCUCCGCCGCGGAUUCUUACAGAUCUCAGUCCUCUCCCCUCUUCUCUUACUUCUUCCCCAACGAGGAUGGCGCCGCUGCCGGCGGUGCCGUCUCGUCCCCUCCUCCCUCUUCGGACAAUGUUCGAACCGGAUCGAACGCCACGGCUUCUCGACCUCCGGAAGAGCGAAACAGCACUCGAGUCCCGGUGAAUUCUGAUAAAGAUCCGAUUUUUAGGCCGAAUCAGACCGCUAAUGCUUCCACUGCGAGCGCGGCGAAGCCGCCUCCUGCGCGAAACAUCACUCUGAGUUCGUCGGGCUCGGCUGCCCUUGAAGCGCCGAAGCAAGACGAAGUGAAGAACGCGACGCAGAGCGCAGCAAAAUUGGAAACACCGAAACCGACGACGCCUGAAGUUCCGAAGCAGAAUCAGACGAGUGUCGCCGCGCCGGGUUCGUCGGCUAAUCGCACCCAGAGCCCGGCGAAGCCACUCGCUCCCCCAGCGAAGAACGAUACCGCGAAGGUAGCGCAGGUUGUCGGGGAGAAGCAAAUCAAGCCGAACUACACGAACUCCCUGCUGAGAAAACAGGGCAAUGACGCUGUUUCAGGGACGUCGGCGAAGCAGGGGACGGGUGAUUGGAUCGAGUCGUUGAAGAAGUGCGAUUUCUUCGACGGGGAGUGGGUGAAGGACGAUUCGUACCCACUUUACAAGCCGGGCUCGUGCUCGCUGAUCGACGAGCAAUUCAACUGCAUACUCAAUGGGAGGCCUGACAAGGAUUAUCAGAAGUACAGAUGGAGGCCUAAGGGUUGCAAUCUGCCAAGGUUGAAUGCGAGGCACAUGAUCGAAUUGUUGAGAGGGAAGCGGCUGGUUUUCGUUGGUGAUUCCUUGAACCGGAAUAUGUGGGAAUCGCUGGUUUGCAUCCUGCGAGGCGCUGUGAAAGAUCACAAGAAAGUCUAUGAAGCCAGUGGCAGACAGCACUUUCGCGGGGAAGCAUCCUACUCCUUCGUAUUCAAAGACUACGACUUCACGGUGGAGUUCUUUGUGUCCCCGUUUUUGGUUCGAGAAUGGGAAAUGCCCGACAAGAAUGGAUCUAAAAAGGAAACACUUAGGUUAGAUUUGGUAGGAAGGUCAUCUGAUCAGUAUAAAGAUGCGGACAUCAUAAUCUUCAACACCGGUCACUGGUGGACUCAUGAUAAAACUUCCAAAGGGAAAGACUAUUAUCAAGAAGGUAGCCAUGUGUAUGGUGAAUUAAAUGUUGAGGCAUUCCGGAAAGCUCUUACAACAUGGGGGAGGUGGGUCGAUGCCAAUGUAAACCCCAUGAAGUCUAUCGUAUUCUUCAGAGGAUACUCUGACUCCCAUUUUAGUGGUGGACAAUGGAAUUCGGGCGGUCAAUGUGACCACGAGACUCAGCCCAUCAAGAAUGACACGUACCUUCGACAAUAUCCUCCGAAGAUGAUUGUGUUGGAGAAGGUGUUUAGAGGGAUGAAAACGCACGUCAAUUACCUGAACGUCACCAAAAUGACGGAUUAUAGGAAAGACGGCCACCCGUCGAUCUAUCGGAAACAACAUUUGACGGAUGUGGAGAGGAGAUCGCCGCUGAGAUUCCAAGAUUGCAGCCACUGGUGCCUCCCUGGUGUGCCCGAUGCAUGGAACGAGAUUCUAUAUGCCGAACUCCUGGUGAAGUUGAACCAGAAGUAGCAACCGCAAAAGAGACCCUGAUCAGUCUCGAAACUGCACAUAUUACAGAGGUGAAAUUAAAUUCUUUUAUUACUACCACGCACAAAUGAAUACUCCUUUCGGUCUUGGUAUUUACACAUCCAAAAGGUGACGGAUGAGAGCAAGAACGAGAAUAGCUACAUGAAAGCAAGUUCUUCCUUUUUCCCUUCUCUUUUCCCUCCUGUUAAGAGAGUGGAGGGUGAUGGAUGGAGUGAUCCCUGAUGUAACAAAGUCCUAUUUUGUUCAUAAGUUAUGCAUAUGAAAGAUUUCAUAGAUUCAGCAAACGAAAAACCUAUAUAUUUUUGGGGCUGAGCAAUAUUUUGAUGCUGCCGCCUCGCUGCAUGCAUGGGUCUCUAUAGCAAUGUUA